AUGGUGAUUAUGAUGGCGACUUAUACUGAAAUCAGUGUCUCACUCUACAUCCCGACGACAUUCGCGUUUAAAGGUGCAGCAAUGGAAGUAGAUAAUGAGCAAGUGACAAAGCGCUUGCUGUCAGAAAGAAAUGAUGACUAUGAUCAGGGAAGUGGUGACUCAAAUAUUGAAGACAAAGACGGAAAUGAGGAGUUCAGACAUCAUGACGACGACAGUGCAAACUCCCUGCCCAUGGAAACAUCUUCGUCGACACUUCCAGCACCUUCUUCUGAUGAUGCAAACAAUGAAUCAUUGCUAAUCUCAUUACUUAGGAGCUGGAUUGCUUGA